GCCAUCUGCAAACCCCUGCAUUAUGUGACCAUCAUGAACAACAGGGUCUGUAGAAGACUCAUCGUUUGGUGCUGGACAACUGGCUUGUUGAUCAUAAUCCCACCACUCAGCCUGGGCCUAAAACUGGAAUUCUGUGAUGUUAAUGUUAUUGACCAUUUUUUCUGUGAUGUAUCCCCCCUCCUAAAGAUAUCAUGCUCAGAAACAUGGCUAAUAGAGCAGAUAGUCAUAGUCUGUGCUGUGUUGACUUUUAUUAUGACCCUUGUAUGUGUAGUUCUAUCUUACAUAUAUAUCAUCCAGGCCAUUCUACGAUUCUCUUCUGUCCAGCAAAGAAAAAAGGCAUUUUCUACAUGUUCUUCCCACAUGAUUGUGGUCUCCAUCACCUAUGUAAGCUGCAUUUUCAUCUAUGUUAAGCCUUCAACAAAGGAAUCAGUGGCUAAUAAUAAGGGUGUGGUAGUCCUCCUUACAUCCAUUGCUCCUAUGCUGAACCCCUUUAUUUACACCUUGAGAAACAAGCAAGUAAAACAAGCUGUCAAAGACUCAAUCAAGAGAAUUGUAUUAUUCUCAAAGAAUUAA